CAACAACCUUUUCACUUACACAGCUUUUAAAAGAACCAAAUCUUGAUAAGUGUUUAUUUUUAGAGACAGUGAGAGAUAUGGGAAAAGAGAUUGAGCUCCCGGGUUUUAGGUUCCACCCUACAGAGGAAGAGCUUCUUGAUUUCUACCUCAAGAACAUGGUUUACGGGAAAAGAUCGAGUGUCGAAGUCAUUGGUUUCCUCAACAUCUAUCGUCAUGAUCCAUGGGACUUACCUGGUUUAUCGAGAAUCGGGGAAAGGGAAUGGUACUUCUUUGUGCCAAGGGAAAGGAAGCAUGGGAACGGGCUCAAGAAGACACUUGUGUUCUACAGAGGAAGAGCACCAGGAGGAAGCAAGACUGAUUGGGUGAUGAACGAGUUUCGGAUGCCUGAUAAUUGCUCCUUACCAAAGGAUGUUGUGCUGUGUAAGAUAUAUAGAAAGGCAACAUCAUUGAAAGUAUUGGAGCAAAGAGCAGAGAUGGAAGCUAAGAUGAAUCAAACAUGUCCAAACUCUCCUCUCUCGUCUUCCGAGACAAUCUCAUUCGUUGGAAAAGAAGAAAACAUGAUGACUUCUUUCCGUGUUCCUCAAGUGAUAGCCAUGGAAGAUGCAAACAAGAUCCUAACACUUCAAGAAAACGCGAAAGCCGAAGAGAAACAAAGAGAAACAGAGAGCAAAGAACCUUCUUCAUCACUGAAGCUACCAUUUGGAAGCUUACCAGAGCUACAAUUACCAAAAGCAGGAGGUGAAUGGGGAGACCAAUUGUUGAGUAUAAGCCCAUGGCUACAGAAUCUUACACCAAUAGUUAACCUAUUAAAUUGGUAGGAUAUGUAAAGAACAAAUACAUUAACUACUCUUACUCUUAUGAAAAAACAGAGCUUGCACCAAAUAGUAUUUACUCAACUUAUAUGUAUCUUUUGUAAGUUUGUAACAUAAGAAAAUUACAUGUAACAC